CAUUUGUAGCUGAGCCUAGAUCUAGCGUAUAAGCCUCAGCAAACUUCUCUUGACCAUUUCCUGAGCUAUCAUACCAUCAACUCUGUGGAAUAAACGUCUGUUGAUGGUUAUUAAAUAAGCUUCACCUCUCGAAUCACCAGUAAAGCUAGAAUCCAAGGAUAAUAGCGAAAGAGCUGUAUUGAUUAUUCGUGAAUAAUUCACCGAGACUGGAUCCAAUAAUAUAUCCUUCAUGUACUAUGGAUGUUCUCUGAAUGCCUCACCGACCAAGACUUUGUCCCUGUCACAACAAAAAGAUGGCAAUUCAGCAUUGAUAACAAGUGUUUGACAAUAAUCGCUACACUUUUCAUGACCACCUGGAUUUCACUCCAUGUUCUGUGGCCUCUCAGGUCUCCGCUGUUGUUGUUCAUAAACUGGAUCAUCAUUCUCAUUAAAACCGUUGGUGUCAUCCUCAAUGAUGUGUUCAAAGUCGGGAUCAUGAUCAAAGCUCUAUCAAAUCCAAUUUCUUCCAAUUCUCUUUCUGCUACGCGUAUUGCAUUUCUUCCAAUUCUCUUUCUGCUACGCGUAUUGCAUUUCUUCCAAUUCUCUUUCUGCUACGCGUAUUGCAUUUCUUCCUUUGCCUCUUAUUCUAUCAGCUAUAGUUCCAUUAUCAAGCUCAGGUUCAGGUUCAGGUCAUGGCGGCCGUUGUGGUACAUCUGUGAUCUCUGCAUGGGUAUUCUGUGAGAUAACUUGAAGGUUUCUUGUUCCGUAUCUUGUUCUCACAGCAGCUUAGUUAGUCUGUCUCAACAAUAACUGUGCCUU